CACACACACACACAAAUCCUGGCGAGCAGCCUUGCACCUCAUGCACAGGGGAUGCAGACUAAAAAGUAGCAAAAAAAAAUGCCAACAAGGAAGCAUGUCUUCACUCAUUUAACAGUUCAAACGGAGAGCUGUGCCCCCCCUCCACCCCUCCUCUCUCUCUGUGCUUUCUCCUGCUGAGUGGCUGUCUGGGAUCUGUCCUCGCUGAAGGACACGUUCAUUGACUUGCUUUAUAAGGACACGUUAAUGAUGCGAGACUGCCGCCUGCUGUAGUUUGAUCAGCAGGCAGAGACGGAUCGCCUCGCAGAUCAGACGGAGGGAAGCCAGAGAGGAUGACUGACUGACUGACUGAGACGCUUGCCGGAGAGCUGUCAUUUUGGUUAUUUUUAACCCGCUGCUUUCUGUUCUGUCAUCCUCUGAGACUCGUGCACCUCUCGGAUGGUGGACCGAGCAGCUUAAUGUCAGCAGCUUGUGGAGCAUGGGUACAACUGCCAGCGCCGCACCACAGCCUGUUUCUGUAGCGUCGCCGCUUGAGAGUGUCCAUGGCAACGGGAUGGCUGACAGCAGGCAGUCUCUUAGCAUGAGCCCCUUCCAGACAGUCAACAUCCACAACAACAAGGCCAAGUCCAUUAUCACCAACAAAGUCGCACCUGUCGUCAUCACAUACAACUGCAGACAGGAAUUUCAGAUUCACGAUGACAUCCUCAAGAGCAACUACAAAGUGGGUCGGAUAUCGGACGCGAUGCCCGAGCACUACCUGGUGCAGGGGGAGUACUUCAUGGUCCAGGAUGUCUACAGCAAAGCAGAUGUGCUGAACACCACGGGCAGCUACGGAGCGCCCAACUUCCGCCAGGUGAAGGGAUCCUACCCGCUGUAUGGGAUGGGUCAGCCCAGCCUGAACGGCUUCAAACAGGUCCUCCAGAGGCUCCAGGCGCAAGGACAAGAGGAGAUUAUAUUCUUCUGUGUAAGAGAGGAGCCAGUGGUGUUCCUGCACAAGGACGGCGACUUUGUGCCGUACACCCCCAGGAAGAAGGAAAACCUACAUGAGAACCUUCACGGCCUGGAAAAGGAGGAGAUGGUUGAACACCUGGAGCUCACAAUCAGGAAGGAGCUUCAUGACUUCGCCAAGCUCAACGAAAACGUCUUCUACGUCUACAACGACAUCGAGUACUUCAAAGACGAGCCCCAGAAGAUAUCCAUCACGUGUGAGGAGGACAUCCAUGUGACUGAGGAGGUCUACAAGAGGCCGAUGUUCACUAUGCCGGCCUACAGGUACUACAGAUUACCACUACCGAUGGAGGGAGCGCCAUUGGAAGAAGACUUUGACGCAUUUGUGAACAUACUCAGGGAGAGGCCCAGCUUGUCUCUGGGUCACGGUGCAUCCCAGCAGCUGCCCGCUUUGCUCUUCAGCUGCCAGGUGGGCGUCGGUCGCACCAACCUGGCCAUGAUCCUGGGCACGCUGGUGAUGAAUCGCCUCAGGGGUGACACACAACCGCCAUCUGUAGUUGAGGAGGCACCUGCUUCAGAGCCCAAACCACUGUUCAAAGUCAUCCAGUCUCUGAUCAACAAGCUGCCUAACGGACAGCAGGUCAUGGAAGAGGUUGACCAGGCUAUAGCCCUGUGUUCAGAAAUGCACAACAUAAAAGAAGCAAUAUAUGAGAACAAGAGUAAGCUGGAAGGGAUCGGAGAAGAUUAUCAAAUUCAGGGAAACAGUACCAAAGACUACUUUCUCAACAGAACCAUGCAGAGCUUGGAGCGCUACUUCUUCUUGAUUGUAUUUAACGCGUACCUUCAUGAGCAGUAUCCUCUUGCCUUCGUGUCCAACUUCAGCCAGUGGAUGUGCUGCCACGCUUGGCUGUACAGGUUGCUGGCCUGCAUGGAUCUCUCAGAGCUGUCGGCUCCGGCCGAGCUGGUCACCAGAGGAGCACGUGUCUUGGUUGCUGAUGAGUACUUGGCUCCUGACGUGCUCAGCACAGUGAAGGAGAUGAAGGCGGUCAACUUCAGACGAGUGCCCAAGAUGCCCGUUUAUGGAGUGGCUCAGCCGACAUCAGAGGCCACCGGAGCAGUUCUGGCCCAUCUGACGGAUGAAAAGAGGAAGCACAGUCACGUGUUGUGGGUCAACCUGCAGGAGGAGCUGGUGUUGGAGGCAAACGGGCAGAUUUUCACUCCGAGGGAACCCUCGUGUCUGGACCAGCACAUCUCGAUCCCGUCGUCUGACCCGCAGCUGCUAGAGAAAUUGGAGACGUCACUGAAGGAGGAGCUUGUGCGAGCCCAGAAGUGGCUGGAGGUGAUGCUGGAGCAGGAGAAACAGAUGAAGAUGUUUAAGAGCUGCAUGACGGUUCAGGAGAUCUUCAACCAGCACAAAAGCUCCUACCAGGGCCUCGUCUACAAGCGCGUCCCUCUGCCAGACUGCAGCGCGCCCAGAGAGGAGGAUUUUGAUAAGCUGCUGGAGGCCAUGAAGAGCUCCUUGGCGGAGGAUUCUCACUCGGCCUUUGUUUUUAACUGCUCUAACGGCAAAGGCAGGACCACGACCGCCAUGGUGGUCUCUGUUCUGACUCUCUGGCACUUUAAUGGUUUUCCAGAGUUUGGUGAUGAUGAGAUUGUGAGCGUCCCUGAUGCAAAGUACACGAAAGGAGAAUUUGAGGUUGUGAUGCAGCUGGUGCGUCUGCUCCCUGAUGGCCACAGAAUGAAGAGGGAGGUGGACAUGGCCCUGGACUCCGUCAGCGAGACCAUGACCCCCAUGCACUACCAUCUGAGAGAGAUCAUCAUCUCUACGUACAGACAGAUCAAAAGUGGAAAGACGGACAAGGAGUGUCAGCAGCUGCUGCUGAGGAGCCUGCAGUACCUGGAGCGCUACAUUUACCUCAUCCUCUUCAACACAUACCUGCAUCUAGAGAAGAAGGACUCCUGGCAGCGCUCUUUCACUCUCUGGAUGGAACAGGUGGCUGCCAGAGCCGGAGUUUAUGACAUCCUCAACCAGCUGGGCUUCUCCGAGUUUGAAAACCCGAGGGACACGCCACUGGCCAGACUGCGCUGCCGCUGGCAACAGCAGAACAUUCAGUCACUUCCUUUCCGAGGGGAGUUCAUCUGAGAGAGGAUCACUGUGAACGCACCAAAACAGAAUAAAAGACAUUUCCAGUAACAUUGUUAUGCCUUCUAUAUUUACCCCUCUAAUAUGUAUAUCUUCACAUCAUCUGCUGUUUGUGUUGCAGCUUUUUCAUUUUUUUAAUCUCACUGGCAAGGUUAACAUUUUCUAGCUGUUUUAAUGUUAAGUCUUAGUCUGUAUUAGAUAUUUGUGCCUUUUUUUUUAUCAGUGGUAGGUGUAAGAACUGUCAACGUACUAAUAUGCACACGUCUCGGUUAAAAAAAAACUUGUGUUCGAACAAGACGGGAGUUUAUUGUUGUUGUGGUGGAGAGAAGCAAAUUCCAGUGUGUUGUCAGCCACCAAUUUUGGUUGUAUGUCACGACUGCUUGCUGUUGUUUGCCCUGAUAUUUUUCCCUGUGUCCUGACCUUUUCUCCCCAGCGCAGGUGUUAAUCACUGGCUGUGCAUUUGUUCCGAGGUUUUUGACAAGAGUCCCAGUGUACAUAGUGGAAGCUGUUGUUAUUUAAAUGUUAAUGUGUCAGAAUGGGUGAUUUUGAGAGGAGGGUCGCAGGAGAUACUGUUUCUUUUGCUCCCAGCAUCUCCUCUGUUGUACCUGUUGCUUUUUACAUGUAAUUACAUGAUACAGGUACUAACAUGUAAGGAAUGUUUAUGUUAGAUUUACUUUGAAGCUGUUCAUGUGUCUUUGAAUCUUCGCUUAAAUUGCCCUGACAUGGAAACCUCGCUUCACUCCGUGUGAUGUGGUGAAGCAGAAACAUCCUCUUUCUUUUAUCCUACACAUUAUUCUUUGCGUGUCAGAACCGGGCACCUGCAUUAGCAACAACGCAAGUCGACGGUUCAAGCAGAGAUUCGGUCGUGCAUUGCAACCUAGCCUCGGGCUGCUAGCCUCAAGCGGAGAUGAGCAGCGAGCUAAAGCUGAAGUAGUGCUCCCCAACGGCUGUAAACAGACUUUGAUGUCUAAAAUCCAUAGCGUUUCCCUAUUUUUUUUUUUUUAUUUUUUUUUUUAAUAUCAGAGUGUCUCUUGCACAGACUUGGUGACCCCUGCCAGUAAAUGGUUGCAUUUUCUGUGAUGUCAUUAGGAAUCAAAUUAUACGUCUGACUGUAAAAUUUAUGACUGGAAACAGCCAGGCCUGCAAAUAGUUGACGGGUAUAUAACAAAGAAAGUUGUUUGGUAUCAAUUGAUGAGGGUUAAAUAUACCCUGAGAUAACUCCUGCUCAUGUUGGUGGAAUGAAACAAUGGCUGCGUUCAGAACAAUAAGUCGUAAUUGUCAUCCAAACAGAACAGACCAGUGUUUUCUCUGAGCAAAUGGCAAUUAUUGCUAAGCGUGCCUACGCUUGUCGGAUAACUUUUGCUGUACAGUAUUUCUUUAAAGUCCUAACACUUUUAUCUUUUGAGUAUUUUGUUACUCUUUGAUUUGCUAAUAUGCGUUUAGUUGCAAAGUAACUCGAAAUGUGCUUUAACUAUGAAUCCUGCCUUAAAACCAGAGAUAAGCCAGAAAAAAAAAAUCAAAAGUCCUUCCUCCAAAUGCCUCUCGCUUCUCUUCAUUCCUUUCUAUCGGUGCAUCAAACAGUUGCACGCUGCGUAAUUGAUUGAGACUGAGUGAGCAAAAAACGGUGAUUGAUAAUGAUAUGAAGUAGACAUUUUUAUGCUAGAAUGAAUCUAACACAAGCACGCACAUGUGCCUGGUUGUAAUAACACCCUAAGUCUUAGCUAUGCUUUUAGUUUAAAGUUGUUGUUUUUUUAAAAAAAAAAACUGCAUAGAGGCAGUGUGUUACCCUUUACUCGCUGUUAUUUUCAUUUUUUGGAGGCUAAAAUAAAUAAUUCAAAUAGA